AAUAUAAAUUCUUGGGCUUAGCAUUGUCUUGCUCCUCCUUGCAAACCCUAGUUCUUCUUCAAAAGCUCUCUUAAGUUUCUAACCUUAACGUAUAGAGAGCAAUGGCCGGGAAAGGAGAAGGACCGGCGAUCGGAAUCGAUCUCGGAACCACAUACUCCUGCGUCGGAGUUUGGCAACACGACCGCGUUGAAAUCAUUGCCAAUGACCAAGGUAACAGGACUACGCCGUCUUAUGUCGGUUUCACCGACUCUGAGCGCCUCAUCGGAGAUGCCGCUAAGAACCAGGUCGCCAUGAAUCCUACAAAUACUGUCUUUGAUGCAAAGAGAUUGAUUGGUAGGAGAUUUAGUGAUUCAUCUGUGCAGAGUGACAUCAAGUUGUGGCCUUUUAAGGUCAUCCCUGGACCUGGUGAUAAGCCCAUGAUUAUUGUCAAUUACAAAGGUGAAGAGAAGCAGUUUGCUGCGGAAGAGAUCUCUUCUAUGGUUCUCAUCAAGAUGAGAGAAAUUGCUGAGGCCUACCUUGGUUCCACAGUGAAGAAUGCCGUGGUUACUGUUCCAGCCUACUUCAAUGAUUCCCAGCGUCAGGCCACAAAGGAUGCUGGUGUUAUUGCUGGUCUUAAUGUUAUGCGUAUCAUCAAUGAACCUACAGCUGCUGCCAUUGCUUAUGGUCUUGAUAAGAAGGCAACCAGUGUUGGUGAGAAGAAUGUGUUGAUCUUUGAUCUUGGUGGUGGUACUUUUGAUGUCUCUCUACUUACCAUCGAGGAGGGUAUCUUUGAGGUCAAGGCCACAGCUGGUGACACACAUCUUGGAGGUGAAGACUUUGAUAACAGGAUGGUUAAUCACUUUGUUCAGGAAUUCAAGAGAAAGAACAAGAAGGACAUUACGGGGAACCCUAGGGCUCUUAGAAGGUUGAGAACAUCCUGCGAGAGGGCAAAGAGGACUCUUUCAUCCACUGCUCAGACCACGAUUGAGAUUGACUCUCUCUUUGAGGGUAUUGAUUUCUACUCCACCAUUACACGUGCCAGAUUUGAAGAGCUGAACAUGGAUCUUUUUAGGAAGUGUAUGGAACCAGUCGAGAAGUGUUUGAGAGAUGCCAAGAUGGACAAGAGCACUGUCCAUGAUGUUGUCCUUGUUGGUGGCUCCACUAGAAUUCCCAAGGUUCAGCAACUGUUGCAGGACUUCUUCAAUGGUAAGGAGCUCUGCAAGAGCAUCAAUCCUGAUGAAGCCGUUGCCUAUGGUGCUGCUGUGCAAGCUGCUAUCUUGAGUGGCGAGGGUAACGAGAAGGUCCAGGACUUGCUGCUUUUGGAUGUCACCCCACUUUCUCUUGGUCUUGAAACUGCUGGUGGUGUCAUGACUGUUUUGAUCCCAAGAAACACUACCAUCCCCACCAAGAAAGAGCAGGUUUUCUCUACCUACUCUGAUAACCAGCCUGGUGUGUUGAUUCAGGUCUAUGAAGGUGAGAGAACAAGGACCAGGGACAACAACUUGCUUGGAAAAUUCGAGCUCUCUGGCAUCCCUCCUGCACCCAGGGGUGUUCCUCAGAUCACAGUCUGCUUUGAUAUUGAUGCCAACGGUAUCUUAAAUGUGUCUGCUGAGGACAAGACUACCGGGCAAAAGAACAAGAUCACCAUCACAAAUGACAAGGGCAGACUUUCAAAGGAGGAGAUUGAGAAGAUGGUACAAGAAGCAGAGAAAUACAAGUCUGAGGAUGAAGACCACAAGAAGAAGGUUGAGGCCAAGAACGCUUUGGAGAACUACUCAUACAACAUGAGGAACACCGUGAAUGAUGAUAAGAUUGGAUCUAAGCUCGCCCCAGCAGACAAGAAGAAGAUUGAGGAUGCCAUUGAGCAGACCAUCCAGUGGCUCGAUGGAAACCAGCUCGCUGAGGCAGACGAGUUCGAGGACAAAAUGAAGGAACUCGAAAGCAUCUGCAACCCAAUCAUCGCAAAGAUGUACCAAGGCGCUGGUGGUGACAUGGGCGGAGCCAUGGAUGACGAUGCUCCUUCUCACGGUGGUAGUGGGGCUGGCCCCAAGAUUGAGGAGGUGGACUAAGUUCACGGUGUUUCUAUCCCAUUUUGUUUCAUUGCUUUUAGGAUCUAUUCACUUUUAUGAUGAUGAACUUGUGGCUUUUUUAAAAAUCUGUUUUGAUGGGUCUAUUUUUGGCAAAGUAUAUCGGUUGCAGGCCAGACAUUUUGGUUGGUGUUUGUAAUCUGGAUAAUCUAUAUACCGUAUUCAUGCUGCCAUUUAAGUAUGUCUAUGGCGGCCAUUUUGCUUGUUUACAUCCGCAUUUAUAUCAAUCUCAUUUUGAUUUUUUACA